GUGGUUUUGGAAUGUAUGCUUAAAAAAGACCUCAUUUAUAAUAAGGUCACUCCCACAUUUCACCACUGGAAGAUCGAUGACAAGAAGUUCGGCCUUACCUUUCAGAGUCCUGCUGAUGCCAGGGCUUUUGAUCGAGGCAUUCGGAGAGCAAUAGAGGAUAUUUCUCAAGGGUGCCCAGCAUCAAAAAAUGAGGCUGAAGGAGGAGAUGAUGAUUUACAAACCACUGAAGAGGACACUUCCCGUUCCCUAGUGAAAGAUCACCUUUUCCAGCAAGAGACAGUUGUUACCAGUGAGCCUUAUAGAAGCUCAGACAUAAGACCUUUACCCUUUGAAGAUCUGAAUGCCAGAAGAGUCUACUUGCAAAGCCCAGGGAACCAGAUACCAUUCAGUCAGCAAGGCCUAGACAUUCAGAGCCGAAGUAUGGAAUAUGUACAGCGGCAAAUAUCUAAGGAAUGUGGGAGCCUAAAGUCCCAAAGUAGGGUCCCUUUGAAGUCAAUCAGACAUGUCAGCUUUCAAGAUGAGGAUGAGAUUGUCAGAAUAAACCCUCGAGACAUCUUAAUACGUCGGUAUGCGGACUACAGACAUCCGGACAUGUGGAAAAAUGACUUGGAGAGAGAUGACACUGACUCCAAUAUUCCAUUUUCUAAACAAGACAGUAAAAAAUCAGACUAUCUCUACCACUGUGGAGAUGAAACUAAGUUAAGUUCCCUGAAAGACUCUGUGGUAUUUAAGACACAGCCUCCCUCGUUAAAAUUUAAGUCAAAACGAAGAAAAGAGGAUGGGGAACGUUCUCGCUGCGUGUACUGCCAGGAAAGGUUUAAUCAUGAAGAAAACGGAAGGGGGAAAUGCCAGGAUGCUCCAGAUCCUGUUAAAAGAUGCAUAUAUCAAGUUAGUUGCAUGCUCUGUGCAGAGAGCAUGCUGUAUCAUUGUAUGUCAGACUCAGAGGGAGACUUUUCUGACCCUUGUUCAUGUGACACUAGUGAUGACAAGUUCUGCCUAAGAUGGUUAGCCCUGGUAGCUCUGUCUUUCAUUGUACCAUGUAUGUGCUGCUACGUACCUUUGAGAAUGUGCCAUCGCUGUGGCGAGGCGUGUGGGUGCUGUGGUGGGAAACAUAAGGCUGCUGGGUGAAGCAGUCCAGGGCCAACAUGAGCUUAAAAAUCUUCAUCUCCAGGAAUUAGCUAACUUGGAUUUGUGGAAGCUGUUGGCAAGCAGUAUGGAAUCUUGCCUGGUAUCAUUGGGGCCAUGCGUGGAGGAAACAGAACUCGACAGUUGCUGUGAUUUACAGAUGCUAGCCAUGCCUGGUGUUUCCCUGGGUGCAUGGCAUGUUCUGGGACAGAUCAUAGAGCAUUUACAGAAGAAAGUCAUUUCUGGUUAUUGACUACAAAAGGUCAACAUAGAAUAUGAUCCAACUAAAAGGGAUUAAUUUUGGCAUUUUCAUAUUUAUGCACUAGGUGAUGGGACUGUUUAAAGAUUUGAAUUUUUAGGACAUUAACUAAAAAGUGCACUAAGGGACAGUUUAUUUCAGUUCAGAAAAGUUAACACUUGGAAAUUAAGAGAUAAAACAAGUACAACUAAAUCAUUUAUUAGUUGUUUUUUGAAAGCAGUUUUAUGUAUAAAUAACAAAUGUUUAUAUUUAACUAAAUGUAAGGUACGAACUAUGACAUUAAACUUUCUUGCCCUUCCUAGUUCUGAGGUAGAUGUGCAUAUAUCUACCACCACAUUCCAUAUAUUUUGAGUAUUUAACUCUAGUUAAUAAUGUUUGUAUCCAUGUGAAAGAUUUGAUAUGUUCAUCCUCAUUUCUCUUUGGCGGCAGUUUAUAUUGAGUUAUUAUCUGUACAUUCUGGAAACCUAAACUCUUUAAAAUACUCUAAUAGCCUCAAGUGACCAACUUUUUUUUAAGCACAGCUGUAAUUGUCUAAUGUUCUGAUGAAAACAUAACACUUAUUUUUAUAUAAAGAUACUGAGUAAACAUAGAAGAAAGUGAGGGUUUUAGCUGUUUUGUUUUUGUGGUAUUCAACCAGCAAGUUGUUUUCUUUCAGAGUUUCCUCCUUCAAAAAGACGUAACUGCAUUUAUUAAAGGUUUUACAAGGCAGGAGCAUUAACUGGAUAGUUAGUGUGAGCAGUUUCCUCUUGAGGUCUCCAUUUAUCAUUCUGCUAAGCCAGAAUGUACACAGCUGUUUCACUGAUUUUUCUUUUUAGAGCUUAAUCCUCUGUGCUUAUUAUUACUCACAUAACAAUGAUAACACUUUUCAGUUGCAUUUUAUUUUAUUUCAGCUAGCCAGGAGCAAAGUUACUUUGCAUAAAAUGUAUGCAGAACUCUCCCAGGAAAGUAUUUAACCUGCCAUUGUGAAUAGAAGAUCUUGUACAUUUCAUCCUGUUGCAGAGCAGUUGUAUUACGGGAUGUUUGAUUUACAGAGUGGUAUGAUAUAUUCCAACAAACCAUUUAAAAGUGCUUUGGGGUCAAAUUGUCUUUCUUUUUUCUUCUUCUUUUUUUUUUAAUGUUACAUUAAAAUUCUAACCAUGUGAGGGAUCCUUUGAAAAUAUUCCCUUAGGGAGGACAGUUGAGCAGUGUGCCUUCCCCCCCCCCCCUUUUCCCUUUUCUUUUCUUUAGAGUUUCUGAAGUGAUAGAAAAUCACACUACCAUUUGAAGUUCAUUCUGUGGGUUUCAGUGUCAUUUCUGUACCGUUCAUUUUAUGUGUCACACUUAAGCUUGUGUUAGCUUCCUUCUUUUGCCCCAUAUCAAACUGAACAAUGUAUAUAUAACACUAUCUGUCUGUAAAAUACUUUUUUUUAAGAAAGCAUUUAUAUUUAUAUGACAGCUUGAACUGACAACAUUAUGUAUAUAGAUCAUCUUGAAGUAUUAUUUCACAUUGAAAAGAAGAAAAAUAUAUUGAUAACUAUAGAUGUUAUGAAGAAGAGGUUAUUUCUAGUUUUGUACUAAAAAUCAAUUGGAUGAACUAAAUCCAAAACCGGACACUGUAGCAGCAAUUUUAAGUCUUAUUUUUACUGUUUCUAUAUUUGGAGGCUGCUACACAGAUGACCUUCACCCCUGACGUUUUCAGAUAAACUUGGUUUCCUAGAGCAGACUGUUAACUUUCAAAAUUCCUUUUUAUUGCUGAAAUAGAAAUACUGGUUUUCCUUAUGAAUGAAUAUUCAUAUUUGUCAGUGUGGAGUUGAUAAUUCAGGUUGGAGAAAGGUGUGAAUAACUGAAGAAAAUAACUUGCUGGCUAUAUAGGAAAUGCCGUGGAAAUGAACUGUGUAUAUAUUUCUGGGAAGAACAAAAUCAUUUUUCUGUUAAGCACUAGUCAUAACAGUGCAUCUCCUGGUUCUGUACUGUAUUUUAUAUGCAACAUACAUGCUUUAAUAUUUUAAUGUUUGUGCAUUAAUAUUUUCAAGUUUGUUUAACCACUUUGCUGCUAAGAUUUUGCCAUCCUGUUCCCAUUUUUUUCCUUUUACAAUUUUAAACAUUUCUCUUCAUUAAAAACUAUGGUAAUGAAAUUGGGUUUUUUUUUUCCUCCACUUUGGAUUUUUGUAAUUAUCAUAUCAGUCCAGAGAAGUAGCUGAUGAUGUAAUAGUAUUGGAUCCCUGUGUGAAUCAGUUUAAAUUCAAAUCCCAAGCACGUGCAGGUGAAUUUGGAAAUGAUUUCUCAUUCAGUGUACAGAUUGGCACUGCCAUUGGGCGUUUCCUUUAAAACUCCUCUUGUUGUCUAAAGUUAAGCAGAUGGCUCAACAAAACUGUUACAGUAAAAGUGAGUGUUGAAAAUCAUCUGAAUGGCAUGGCCAGAAAGAAUUCUGUCUGGUGGGCUUGUUUGCUCAGAAUCCAUAGUUCUCAAGUGAUUCUUGUGGCUAUUAAGGAAGCCUUUGAUUUGUCAAGCAGGAAUACUUGUGGAGUUCCAGUGCCACCUGCUGGAUGAUUUUAGACCAGCACCGAGAGAUGGAGAUGGCGACUGCCCAGUAAAGGGCCCACCAGAGAAACCAGGGGUAAGGAACAGCUCAAAGGAAUGUAAAUAAAUCUUUCCUCUAAUGCAUUUUUUGGUUGUUGAAAGAUUUUAAGCACUUUUUUCUUACAUAUCCUGUUUUAGAAUAUUUAUUGAGACUUGGAACUGGCAGUCAAGCUUACGUACGUACUGAAGCAUUUAUACAACCAGUUCCUGUAACUCAGAAGCCAUUACCAAAAUGGUAUUCCUGUUUUAUUCCCAGUGCCAGUCAGGGAGAAUUUUUAAAAAAUAAACAUAAUUGCCUGUAUUUUAUCAUGACAACUCCAGAGAGUGUGUGUGUUUCUGAGUAGAUGAUGAUGAUGAGACAGGGCUUAAAAUUUAAAGGGAAAAACUUGAAACUACCUAUUUCCAUUGGUUAUUCAGCAGUGCCUAAAAUGAGCUUCUGAAAUAAUACAAAUGCACUUUGAAUUCAUGUGUAUAGUGCCAUCUAAUUCCGGGGGUGAGUCUUGCUUCUCCUCUCCCUCUCCCCUUAAUUAAGUGGCACACAGGUAUUUCUUAACACUCAUGUCAGUCUUCAGAGUGCAGAAAACAUGUGCUUUCCUCUGAAUGGGCAAUGUAGAGAAUUUUAUGGAUCUUUCUUCUGUUGAAAUUGAAUGUUUGAUUAUAUUUGGAAUGUGUAACUUUGGAUUAAUGUGUUUUAAAGUAAUUUUAAUUGUAGUCCAAAAGUGCAUUGAGCAAGUGUAACUUUUUUUCUGAAAAAUAACUUGGAGAACUUUAGUUAACCGAUAAAGCAAAAUUCAUCACUAAAUGUUGUUCUUACUCUUGGUUUGGCUUCCAGAAUCACAUUUCUGAAUAUUGGGGGAAACACUAGAAGUUGUUAUAAAUGAUGAGAGGGCCAUGUGUGUUUUAUGGCAGUUACUAAAAAUAUUAGAAACAUGUAUACACUGACAAGCAGAGGUGAUUUAUACAGACCAAAAAGUGGACAGAGAGGGAAGGAGAAUUGCAAGGGGCUUUAAGGUAUUAGUUGCCUAGCAGCCUGACAGUUAAAAACCUUUUAAUUGCUUUGGUACGAUGUUAUUCAUUGUCCCCAAAGCUCAAAUUGCAAACGUUGUUAGUUUUUGAAAACUUUCAAGAAUAAUCUAGUCGAAAGCCUUUGUAUUAAAGAUACACAAGUUUUUUGUGUGAACAGUUCCAGUGUGUAGAAUGUUUUGCUUUCUAUUUCCUUGAACUCAGAAGUGCCUCACGUGUAUAUUACCCCCACUAGGAGCCUGACUGCAUCCUUUCUAACGAGCAGUGGAAGCCUGUUUAACUGCUGUCCUAAUGCAUCUCCCCACAUAGACUCAACUAGCUUGAGAGUUGUGAGUAUAUAAUGUAAAUAUGCACAUAUGAGUUUGUAACUGCUUUUGUUCCAUCAUACCAUGUAAUUGGACUUAUCAGAUGGUAGAUGAUUUGUUUCAGUGAUUUUUCCCUCCCCUGGAAUUACCUGAUUAAACCAAUCAUGAAAUUUAAA